AUGACUGCGUCGGCGCUGCUCAGCACGGGCGCGCGGCUCCUCCAGGCGCUCACGUCGCUCGCGACGCUCGUUGCGGUCUUUAUGGCCUUUGACUCGUUCACGUUCCGCGACAACAGCAAGAGCUACCGCUUCAUUACGGUGCCCAUGAUGAUGACGCUUGUCGUCGGCACGGCCGGCUUCCUCUUCGCCGCGUCCUACAGCCUCUUUGUGCUCGCGCUCGACCGGCUGCAGCCCGACGUGCUCGUUGAGCGCAUCGUCGACGGCCUCCUCGCGAUCGCCUUUGCGCUCUGCGGCAUCUUCAUGGCUGGCCUUGGCGGCUGCGGCGCCAAUGACCCGACGCAGUUCCACUGCGAUACAUACAACGCAACGAUGGCGCUGACGUUUGUCGCCGCCGUCCUCUUUGCCUUUGCGAUGGUCUAUAGCCUCCUGACGACCGAGAUCCCGCACCCGGACGCCGUCGAGAACCUCGUGCCCCGGGGCAACUAUGGCCGCGCGUCGUCGCCCGCGCCACGGAGCCCAAAAGCCGACGAUACGCUCACGAUCAUGCCCCGCGGACAGUUUGGCUCGGUGCAGCCGCCUGUCCGUGGCCACUUCAAGCACGGCGGCGACCAAGACAACACGGACGAACUCGUGCCCCGGGGUAAAUUCGGCUCGAUUGUCACGCUCGACCAGCACGUUCGACGGGCCGGCUCGACCAGCGAUCUUGACACGCUGCGUGACCAACCCGCCCCGUCACCGCUUGUGGACGAGCUGGGCUGCCUGACGAUCGCCAUUGGCUCGCCGCGCGUUCUCCAGGUCCAGGUGGCCGUGCCGGUCGCGGGCAGCGCUUGCGGUGGCAUUCGUCGCAGCAUGCCCCGGCGCACAGCGCUCCUGAUCCUCCGCGGGCUCCACGCCCUCGGCGGCGUCGCUCUCGUCGUCAGCACCAUGCUCACCUACGGCACCUUUACGCUCGUCGACGGCGACCGGUACCGGUACGCGCAGACGUACCAGUUUGUGAGCGUCGUCGUUGGCUACACGUCGGUGCAGAUCGGGUUGCUCUACCUCGUUGGCGUCGGCCUGCUCCGCCAGCCAAGCGUCGACAUCGUGCUCGAGCGCUUCAUCGAUGGCAUCCUCGUGCUGUGCUGCGUCGUCGUCGGCUACAUGGCGCAGCGCAAGGUCGCUUUGUGUGACGUGACCAUGGCGUCCUACCACGUCGCGUGCGCGGGCCUCGACUGGAGUGUCGCCGCGUCCUUUGGCCUCGCGACCCUCUUCGGCCUCUCGCUAGGCUACAACUGCGUCAUGCGCCGCCCAUCACACCCGGACGCCGUCGAGAAUCUGGUGCCCCGGGGCAACUAUGGCCCGCAGCGCUGCAUUCCGGGGAGCAUCCCGAUGCUCAGCCCGCGCGGCGACGACACGACCGGCCGUGCGCUCGCCACCAUCGACCAAGACAAGACGGAAAAUCUCGUGCCCCGGGGCAACUUUUCGCUCGCCGAAGACGACGACGUCGACAAGACCGAGAAGCUCAUGCCCCGCGGCGAAUUUCACUUGUAGUCGUUAUUAGUUGCUCCUUUGUCUAGUCGUCGUUGGAUAGUAGUUUACGAAGCGUAUAAGAAGAAGACUUCUGCACUCACCGUC